AUGGACGCGCCACUGUCGCGACAUCCAGACCUGUACACUCCCUUGCCGACAGCGACAUCGAUCCGCGUCAUCGAGCUUCACCCAGUACAGAACGACGACCAACCUAUCACAUGCACACUCCACCUGACUGAUCUUGAGCACAAUACCCCGAAGUUCCACGCGUUGUCUUACACUUGGGGCGACCCACUGCAUCGGUACUGGUUCGACGAAGGAAAGUCCAUAACAUGGGUGCAGGAAGUGAUCAUCAUCUGCAAUGGACUGCGCGUCAAUGUUACGGCCAACUUGGAGUGCGCGCUCAGGGCUAUCUGCAAGGUGAGCGUAAAGUGUCAGGAAGUCGACUGCCAAGGGCAAUUCCUCUGGAUUGUUCGUAACCCCCCCCAAGCUUCAUUGGUCAUAUCGUGGCUGGGCCCUGCGGAUGAGGAUAGUGAGCAAGCUAUACCAAUCAUGCGGCGCCUCAACAAACUGCUAUGUUUCGACGAUAUGGAAGAGGAUCAGCAAUGCUCAAUUUACACAGACUUCAUGAAGAAGGCGUUGGAAGAUGACGACAAAGCAAAAGUCGACUCGAUCUCUGCCAAAGACUUUGAAAGCUUGACGCGUUUUCUCGCAAGAAAGUAUUUCUUUCGCUGCUGGAACUUCGAAGAGUCGCGCUAUUGGUUGCAUGGAUCAAGGAGCAUCGGUUUCACGAAACAGUUGGGCAAGCACUGA